AUGAAAUUUUCACACUCAAUUCAAUUCAACUCGGUCCCUGACUGGGCUGACCAUUACCUUGCAUACUCAAAUCUCAAGAAACUUAUUUAUCAAAUCGAGAGGGACAUAGUCGCAAGUUCUAUUGCUGCUGCUAAUGACACGGAGGUGAUUUCUUCAACUACUGAACAGUCGCCAUUACUGGAUGCUAAAUCUCGUGCAAACGCAAUAUUUAUCCCCGCACUUGAUAAAGAACUCGCAAAAAUUAAUGUCUUCUAUUUAAAUAAAGAAAAAGAAUUCCUUGAAGAGGUUGAAAUUUUAAUUUCGGAUUACGCUGCAUUUGAGAAUCUCGAAGAUAAUGUAAGCAUCCACAGUAAUGCCUUCAAUAUAAGUAGAUCUUAUCAGUCUGGUGAAGGUUCACUCCCUCGUAAAAAAGGUUCUAGCUCCCAACCUAAGAGAAGGUCUACUUCUGAUGCUACUGUGUCGUUCAUGAGUAGUGAUGAUGAUGAAGCUGAAAAUCAAUUCUCGCAACCAACAGGCGGAUCGAGAUUAUCAACCGAAGUUGAUUUUCUGGAUAACCGGCUAUCUUUUUUGUGGACGCCUUCAUCACUUGAAGAUCAGAAAAUACGAUUAAAGAAACGAACCAUUGAACUUUUCGUUUGGUUAUCUGAACUUAAAUCAUUUUCUUCUCUCAACUAUACAGGUUUUUCAAAAAUUUUGAAAAAAUACGACAAAAUAACUAAUAGUAGACUCAAAUCAUCUUAUCUUAACAAUGUCGUGAAUGAAUCUUAUCCAUUUAGGCAUCCAACUCGUCAAAGACUCGAGGACAAGAUUUCUAAGGUCCAAGAAAUUUAUGCUAAUUUGUGUACAAAUGCUAAUAUGGAUAUUGCUAUUAGAGAGCUCAAAACUCAUUUGAGGGAAUUCAUAGUUUGGGAAAGGAAUACUAUAUGGAGAGAUAUUAUUGGUUUAGAAAGAAAAGCACAUGCCGUAGGCAUAAAGGCUCCGGUUACUGUGGAUCAUUCACUCGAAGCAACUUCCAAAAUCUCAACGCCUUUUG